AUGUCCGAAGACCAAGAAUUGAGAAAGCGUCAAGCUGAAUUCACAAAGCAAUUGCACGGUGACGACGUCACCAAGAGCGGUAUGUCUGCUUUACUCUCCAAGAACAAGAGCGCACAAAGCGAGGCUGUUGCCAAGUACUUGAAGCAUUGGGACGGUAAGACAGACGAGGAUGCAGAACGCAGACGUCUAGAGGACUACAACGAAUCCACACACUCUUACUACAACGUCGUAACGGACUUUUACGAAUACGGCUGGGGUUCCUCGUUCCACUUCUCAAGAUUCUACAAAGGCGAGUCCUUUGCUGCUAGUGUCGCCAGACACGAACACUAUUUGGCGUACAAGGCCGGCAUCAAGGAGAACGACCUUGUGCUCGAUGUCGGUUGCGGUGUUGGUGGUCCAGCGCGUGCUAUCGCCCGUUUCACCGGCUGUAAUAUCAUCGGUCUAAACAACAACGACUACCAGAUCCAAAAGGCAAACCACUACGCGAAGCGCGACCAUCUAGACAAACAAUUGUCCUUCGUCAAGGGAGACUUCAUGAAGAUGGAAUUCGAAGAAAACACAUUCGACAAAGUUUACGCAAUUGAGGCUACCUGCCACGCUCCUACCUUCGAAGGUGUUUACUCCCAAAUCUACAAGGUCUUAAAACCAGGUGGAACAUUUGCCGUUUACGAAUGGGUCAUGACCGACAAAUACGAUGAGUCCAACCCUGCUCACCGUAAAAUCGCUUACGAAAUUGAACUAGGUGACGGUAUUCCAAAGAUGUACCCAGUCAGCGACGCCCGCGCAGCUCUUUCGAAAGUAGGUUUCGAAAUCCUAGAAGAAAAGGACUUGGCUGAUAACGAAGACGAAAUCCCAUGGUACGCACCAUUGACUGGUGAAUGGAGAUACGUCAACUCGCUCUCAGAUCUCGGUACUUUCUUCAGAACCUCUCGUCUUGGCCGUGCCUUCACCACCGGUAUGGUCUCCGUCAUGGAAAAGAUUGGCUUGGCACCAGCUGGUUCUGUCUCAGUGACCCAUGCCUUGGAAGAGGCUGCUGUCGGUCUAGUCGCAGGUGGCGAGGAAAAACUCUUCACCCCAAUGAUGCUUUUCGUUGCAAGAAAGCCAGAAGCUCCAACUUCUUCCAACUAG